AUGACGUGGUGGGCUGAUUCAGCAGCGACGCGCUCUGAGCCAUCGGGGCCGGAGCUGCAAUCACUCGCCCCGCGGCGCCAGCAAGCGCAUCCGCACCCUCCUCCAAUCCAGCACAUCGCGCGCGGUAGGGAGCGCCGCAAGCCCAGCACGGCCGGCCGAGCUGCAUCCACGACCCGCGGCCUCGCGCUCAUCGCACCACCCACGCCCCCGCCCACAAGCGACUCGGAGGCUGUGCCGGGCCGCCCCAUGUGCGGCGCCGGGCCUAUCAUCCCACGCCCCGUGUGUGUCGCCGCGGCACCCGCCACCACCCCACGCCCCCGCCCAUCAGGCCCACGCUCGCCUGAUGCGUCGCCUUCCCGCCGCCACGGCUCGUCCCCUGGUAGCAGCCCACGCCCCUCUCGCCGCUCCCUCGCCACCCACUCCCCCUCCCACCACCCACACGCUCCGAGGUUCCGCCGCCCCCCGCCUACUUUCUCCCCCGAGCUGCCCACGCACAGCCUGCGCCUCGCCCCCGCCAGACCACACCCCCACCCACCACCCCACACUUCCUAG